AUAAAACAGGUUAGGUCUAAGUUAGGGCCAGCCUUCUUUAACUUUGUAAUUUGUCGGUGUGUAUCUUACUACCUGUCACUCAAAUGGCAAGGGGAUGAAGCUUAUUGUCUGACACUUGAAUUCUUUGAGCAGUGGAUUACGUGAGUCAAACAUGCAGUACUUCAAAUGGCACAACUUAACAAAAAACUGAUUGCUUUCAAACUAGGGAUUUUGUGGCUAAUUGAGGUAAGACUGCUCAUAGAUUCUGCUUGUAUGAAUUUUAGCAUCCUGUACAGGGAGAUUAAAGAUAUCCUUAUUUCAAACCACCCGCUAUGCAUUACAGACAAAUCAAAGAAAGUCACUAUAACUAAUCAAUCAAUUCUGUUUGGUUUUUAUUUGCAUACAAACGACGAAUAUGAAUAUUGUCAGACAGGUCCUUCUAAAAAAGGCUGGCCAUGGCCAGAGGUUAGUGCGUCAUUCAGAGAUUCAGCAAAGUGAUACACUACAAAUGACUCAUAGUGGGUUUCAAAGGGAGCAUCAGUAAGCAGGGCAUAAUGUAGAGGAGACUUAUCUCUGGCUCCCGCCCUCCUUUAUUCCCUUACUCCCAGUCCCUCCCUUUUUCUCAUAGUUCCUCCCUCUCACAUGCAGGAGACUGUGUAGCUGUUAUAAAAUGCUGACGCUCCUGACUCUAAUCUGCAGGCGUACACUAGAAGCCCAGUAAUCUACAGCCAUCAAAGUUUGAGAUUAGCAGAGAGCUAGAAGGGGAGGGAUAAAAACAGAGGCACAGAUAGGAAGACAGUGAGGGACAAGUGACAUGCAUGACAGAGAAAAGCUAUACAACUCAGGGAUUGGUGCACAUAAAUAGCCAACCAAUCGCAGACAAGGCAGAGAAAACAACAAGGCUAGGGCAGAGCCUGAGAAACAGGGAAGUGCUAUGAAAAAGCGAGGGAGAAGGUGAAAUCACAAGACUUCCUGAGGAAAUACAGAGCUAACAGGCAGAGCACGGAUGAAGACGGAACAUCGCUGAGACGCCCAGUGAGAGGCCAGGAAGAGAAGAAGACUGGAGAGAGGAAGGAAAUGGGAAGAGGGGGUGGGUGAGCAACCAGCAGCAGCACAGAGGCAAUCACCCAGCCAGUCCAACAGCAUCCGGCUGAGCAGCAAUGACCUGACAGGCCUGCGCUACGCAGGCAGCACAGGCCUGGCCAACAGGCCCACAGACCCCAGGGGGGCAGCAGAGGGACAGAGAACCCCCAGAACCACAGUGUCAGCUGUUGCAGCCAUGAGGACCGCACGGAAGGGAAAUGUGGAGAUGCCCGCAUUCGUCCGGCAGCUGGUAAAGGAGACUGAGAAGAGGGUCAGCUCUUUCUUCAAGGGAGGGGGACACGGAGCGGCAGAGCAGGUGGAGGUCGAGGGGGAGGAGGUGAUGCCCAGCCCUUACCUUGACCGUCCCGUUCUGGACAAGCUGACUGAGGAGGGCUGCUCCCGCUGCGGCCUGACCUAUGCCCUGGGCAGCAUGCAGGGCUGGAGGGCCAACAUGGAGGACUUCCACAACUGUGUUCCUCAGCUGGGCGCUGGGCUGGCGGACUGGAGCUUCUUCGCUGUGUUUGAUGGGCAUGCGGGUAGCCAAGUGGCCCAGUACGCCUCACAUCACCUGCUGGAUCAGGUCCUGGCUACAGGAGGGAUCGGGCCGGAGGACCACCCUGAUCAGGUGAGACAGAGCUUCACCGACGGCUUCUUACAGGCAGACAGACACCUGCUGACCGCGGCCCGCCGUGAGGGCUGGGAGCGAGGCGGCACUACGGUGACCUCCACUCUCAUCUCGCCACGCUACAUUUACUUUGCCAACUGUGGUGACUCGCGAGCCAUGCUGUGCCGAGCCGGCCAGGUGUGCUUCUCCACCGAGGACCACAAGCCCUACAGCCCUCUGGAGAGGGAGCGCAUAGAGAGCGCAGGCGGCACCGUGUCCCUGCAGCGCAUCAACGGCUCUCUGGCCGUGUCCCGCGCCCUGGGGGACUUCAGCUACAAGGGGGCGGAGAACCGGCCACCCACCCAGCAGAUGGUGUCUCCGGAGCCGGAGGUGAGUGCGGUGGAGCGGUCUCCCGGGGAUGAAUUCCUGGUGCUAGCCUGUGACGGCGUGUGGGACAUGGUGUCCAACGAGGAGCUGUGCGCUUUCAUCCACAGCCGCCUGCGUGUCUGCACGGACCUCAGGGACGUCUGCUCCCAGGUCAUUGACCUCUGCCUUUAUAAGGGAAGUCUGGAUAACAUCAGCAUCAUCUUGGUCUGCUUCCCUGGCGCCCCUCAGCUUUCAGCAGAGAUGUUACACCAGGAAGCAGAGCUUGAGGACAUGCUAGAAUCUAAAGUGGCAGAGAUUUAUGAGAAGCUGAGUGCCCAGGGGGAGGAGCCUGACCUGCUGUCUGUCCUCACCGUUCUGGCCAACUGUGAUGUCCCAGGGCUACCACCUGGUGGAGGCUUGCAAAGCAAAAGGAACUGUAUCAUCAACGCCUAUUAUGAAAAAAAAGAGGCUCACAAUUCUACUACAGCUAAUGGGCUUGGUGGUUCUGAGAAGCUUGUCUAGGUUUUGUUGGCUAUGAAAGGCAUCUCAAAAACAACCAAUGCCAAAAUAAAAACCUUUCUGAGUUUUUUGCAAUUCCACCAAUUGUGAAAGCGGAAUUGAAGUAGGAAUUUUGUCUCUCAUACCUGCCACCAAGCAACAUCCUGACAAGGACAAAUACAAUGCAAUUUGUAAGAACUGAAACAACGUAUUUUUAUUUUUCUACUAAAUGGGGAAUAUUUUAUUUUAUAUGACCUGGCACUUCAAACUCAGAUAUUCUGACUCAGUGGAAUGAUCCAAUAGCUGACAAAUCAAUCAAUAUGUUGUAUUCAUCGAUCACGAAUACCAAUGUCAAAUUAAAAUAGUUUAUUCUUUAGAAGAGUAAAAUGAGGUACUCUUUGCAAAUCUUCUAUUGGUACGAUUUAAAAUGGAUGUUUAGUGUUAACAGCGUUAAAAAUCUUUUAUCUCAGUCCUGUUUUUGGUCUGGUUUGCAUGACCUGUCCUGUGCUGCACUGCUGACCUUGAUGACAGAUGAAUUAACGUUUCAGUGAAAGCUCAGCUGAUUCAUCAAUGUGUUAAUAUAUUAUCAUAUGUGAUUUUAAUGACUAUGUACUUUUAUUACAUACUGUGUUUAAACUAUACAUGGUAGAAUUCAUGACUGUUUUCAAGUGAAGUCUAUCUGACUAAGUACAUUUCAGGAUCUUUGGGGUUUACUAGAGAUUGCCACAGAAUCCAGUUAUAUUUCCAUCAAGCAGAAAAAAAACAUUUUAAUAGUUAGUGAUUAACUGAUAUGCAAGACCAUUAAAAUAUUUAUGUCAUUUUAAAUUAUACUGCAGACGGUAAAUUAGACAGCAAAGAGACUUAAUUCAUUGAAUGACCACUAGGAAGAGUUGUCUCUUUAAAUAAAAUGCAAAUGUGAAGCCAACCUUUUUUUACUUUUCUUUUUAGGUUUGUGUUAUGUAAGGGUUUUUAGGAUGAUAUGGUACAGGAUAUUGUAAAAACAUAAGCAGGGACAGGGCCAUAAUAAUGGAGGGGCCUUUUUGUAGAGAAGGUGCUAAGUAGAACCAAAUAGUGUUUUCCCCAUUUAUUUUUGGAUGUUCAAUAUACCACUUUACGGUUUUAUUUUCUGUUUGCAUAAUAAAACAACUUGAUGAGGAUAUGAUUUUGUUAGAAGAUAUGUGUGGAGACUUGGAUCAGUUAGGAUCCCAGAAAAAAAGUUUUUUUCCUUUUCACCUGAACAGUAGCGGGGGGAGGGUGGUGUUGUUUGCUUUUUUCAUGAAUGUCUGUUCUUUUCUCCUCUGUUUGUAUUUUCAUUUAUUUCAUGAAUUACAGUUAACUCACUAUAUGUUUUGGUAAAAUUUUAUUGAUUUGUAUUUUCUUUUGGAAAAAAAGACACAAAAAAGGGUCCAAAAGUAUUCUUUGUAGACCCCUUUUGGAUUCCAUAUAGAAUCUGGAAAAGGGUUGUCCGUGACACCAAUAAAAUGGGGGUUUGCCCAUAGGGACAUCGAAAGAAUACUAAUGGAACCCUUUUUUUCGAGUGUACAGUACUAUAAAAUAAAUGGUCAACCGUAAUUUGUGGCUAUAGUAGUUAAAGAUAUUCUCACUCAAAAUUGACAUUAAAAUCUUUUCCAGGGG